CCCCAGCUAUGGCUACAAGCCGAGCUACAAGCCCUUCUUCCUCUGCUCCUUUUGUAAACGUUUGCAAUAAAGAACUAAGUAUUGAUGAGUAUCACUCAGUGUAUGAUAAAGUGAAGCCUAUUUCUGCUAGUUGGAAGUCAUUCGCCAUUUCAUUACGUUUGAGAAUAACUGACAUUAAUACAAUAGAAGCUAGCUCUCAUGGAAAUGCAAUUUCUUGCCUGCAGAAAGCAAUAGAGUAUUGGCUAAUAAAAAAUUAUGAUUAUGAACGUCAUGGUAUUCCCUGCUGGAGAAUGGUGUGUGUAGCUGUUAAAGAAGGAGGAGGAAAUCCAGCAUUAGCUGAUGAAAUAGCUUGUAAACAUCCUCUACCAGCUACCGUGGGAGUCUCUAUUACUGUUAUUCAUAGUGAAGGAAUGUCACCUGGUUCAUCAGGAGGAUACAACUCAAAUUAUAAUGAAAUUUUACUCCCACUACCAUCAGCCGAUAGAAGAGAUAUCUCUCCUUUUGAUGAUGCAAUGUCUCCUGGAAGUGGAAAAUCAAAUAGUUCAACAUGUGCUGAUGGAUAUGGCUCUUCUGAAAAAAGUUUCUACUUGACAAGCGAGCUACAUGAUCUACAGGAAGAAUUUGACGAGGCAUUUCGUAUUACAAAAAAGUCCUUCGAAUCAAGUGAUUUACCUGAAAUCAUUGACUACCUUCAAACACAUGUCAAGUCAAUACUUGGUCCUAAAAUGAGAAAGCAAUCAACAGCUCAAGCAGUUAGGGAAGAGUUUGAAUGCAUAAAAACGAUACCAAAACUAUUCACAGUGCUACAAGACAAGUAUGUAUCAUGGUUCAACUAUAAACUAAUGAUAAAACUUGUUGGAGUAUUUCUACCUGAAAAUCGUUUGCUGAAGAGAACUUGGUCGGAGUAUGAAGAGAAGUUAAAGGAUUAUUUUAUAAACAGUGGUGGACUAUUGAAAGAUGCUGAUGCUGUACAGUUUGGUAUAAAAGGUGUUCCUCCUGGUACACGAGUAAUGAUUGCUAAAGUUGACAGAGAUGACUACACACUCGAUGACCUUUUCUUCUUUCGUAGAGCAAUACCAAAAGGAUUGGAUGUUCCUGAGUAUGAUCUUUACUUCUGUUUUGUUCACAUUGGCUCUCUCUGUUUGGGUUACCUCAUUCCUGAGUAUCUUUAUUCUUUAUUAUUUCCUCUAAGUACAAAGCUACAGCAACAGUUAGCUAGUAUUGGUAUCACUGAACUAACAUGUGGUGAAGAUAAAUAUGAUCUAAGAGAGUUCUCAAUAGAAGAGGUUAAGCACUCAUCCACUGAUAUUGAUAUAUGUGAUCCAUUAUGGUAUGAGAAUACCAGUACACCAUUACAUGAAGCAGCUUGGAGAGGAUUAAAAGAUGAAGUACAAUGGCUUCUUAACAAGUUUGGCUACAGCACAUAUCAUCGUGGUCUUCAUGGUUGGACUCCAUUACACUCUGCAUCAUACGGUGGACACAUUGAGAUCCUUCAACUACUCAUUCAUCAAUAUGUACAAUAUCUAGUAGACAUGUGUGACGUUCCUCCUGAUCAACCAGACAAUAGCAAUAACACUGCAUUACUGUACUCAGCAAUGGGGGGCCAUUCUGACCUAGUGGAAUUCUUUAUUGAGAGAAAUUGUAAUACUUCUCAGAUUAAUUGUGAAGGUGCUUCUUUAUCAUUGUUAGCUUGUCAAAGUGGAGAGUUAGCAUUAGUCCACAAGCUUGAAUCAUUAAAUGUCUUCUCACCAGAUUCUACUGAUUUUUGGCAAUCUGGCAUAUUGCAUUACUCUUCUAUGAGUAAUAAUGUUGAGCUUUUAAAGUAUCUUUUAAAUCGAUAUCAAUUAUCCAUUGAUGUAAAGGAUCGAUAUGGUAGGACUCCACUUCAUAUUGCUUCAUG